CCAAGUUCUGCAAAGUUAUAUUUAACCGGCAGCGCGGGAAGUUGCUGUGGAAACCCUCCAGGGCUGGGGUGCAGCUGGUGCCUGGGGGAGCAGGCGGCCUGUGGCUGACAGAGUGGCCAGUGUCUCACAUCUGGCCUUGGGAAAGCUGAGGGUCUCUUUAGCUGAGCUCCUGAUAGAUUGAAAGGAUUUGUGCAUUCCAGUUAAAUUCAGCAGCAUUCUGGGACAGUGGGAAGGAGAAUGGCAGAAAGAAAGAAAGAGAGAGAGAGAGGAAGCUCAAAUAUUUUGUUGUUCUCACAAAACUCCGAAAUCUGGCUUCAAUUAAAAGACUAGGCAGCCGAGCAUGAAAUUUUCAAGACAGCAAAGCCUCAGCUACCUUUGACAGUACAAGUUUGCGUUUAUCAGCCGGAGGUGGCUAUUGCUUAUAACCCACCGCUCACAGCCCAGCCCCUCCCUCAGUAUGGCAAGCAUCUGGUUUCUCAGAGAUUGUGCCUUUUCAAUCAGCCCUCUGCCCUUCUCGUGCGGUGUCUGCCUAAGGCCAAAAGGCCAGGUUUAGGCAAAAAGGGAAGGUUUCAGUCAUUUUUUUUUCAAGCGAAGUCAAUGUCCCCUCCCCUUCGUCAAAAAAAAAGCCCAAACGUUCCUACUGGGAGGCCUGCGUGGCAUGUAAACUGAAACAGGCUUAGAAAGAGAGUCGGUUUUUCAAGGAACGCAAACACAAAAAGCUUACCAAGGACGACUCCUUCCAGAAUGCUUUGGUUUGUUUAAUCAGUUUUCCAUAAUCUACCGUUUUUGUGCCACUUCACAAGCUACAGGUCCCGGUCACUACAAACGGAAAGGCUGUGGUGAGCAUACAGUGACUGACUGUCCCGUAAUAAGAUCUUAUUGUGAGGGAAGCCUUUCUGGAAUGAUUAACAAAAAAAGCCUCACGGUGACAUGCUACAAUGGAACAGCAACAGAACCAUAACCCACAUGCUCUAGGAAUUCAGAACAACCUCCUUUAUAAACCAGGCACGGGCUAUCAGCAAGAAGCUCAGAAGCAUAUCCCAACGUACACCUACCAUAGCCGACUGGCAGAUUUCCAAAUCGAGAAGAAAAUAGGCCGGGGACAGUUCAGCGAAGUAUAUCGAGCAACUUGUCUUCAUAAUGGAAAAGCAGUUGCACUAAAAAAAGUCCAGGUAUUCGAAAUGAUGGAUGCUAAAGCAAGGCAAGACUGCAUCAAUGAGAUUGACCUUUUAAAGCAAUUGAAUCACCCCAACAUAAUUAAGUACUUGGACUCAUUUAUUGAGGACAAUGAGUUGAACAUCGUUCUGGAGUUAGCAGAUGCAGGCGAUCUCUCUCAGAUGAUUAAGUACUUCAAAAAGCAAAAGAGGCUAAUCCCAGAAAGAACGAUAUGGAAAUAUUUUGUGCAGCUAUGCAGCGCCGUUGAACACAUGCACUCCCGAAGGGUGAUGCACAGAGACAUCAAGCCAGCAAAUGUGUUCAUAACUGCAACAGGAGCAGUCAAGCUGGGGGACCUCGGGCUGGGACGCUUCUUCAGUUCCAAAACCACAGCGGCACACUCUUUAGUUGGAACACCAUACUAUAUGUCUCCAGAGAGAAUACAUGAAAAUGGUUAUAACUUCAAAUCAGAUAUCUGGUCACUUGGGUGUUUAUUGUAUGAGAUGGCUGCACUCCAGAGUCCAUUCUAUGGAGAUAAAAUGAAUCUCUUCUCCCUCUGUAAAAAGAUAGAACAAUGUGACUACCCACCUCUUCAAGCAGAGCACUAUUCUGAAAAGUUAAGAGAGUUGGUGAUCAUGUGCAUCAACGCUGAACCGGAUCUCCGACCUGACAUUAGUUACAUGCAUCAGGUAGCCAAGCAGAUGCAUGGAUGGACAUCAAGCACCUGAACAUGUUAAGCUGGAUGAAAAUUUACAAAAGAACAAUUGUCUCACAAUCCUGCUUGAAUAUUGUUAAACAAACACAAAUGAAAUGCCACAGUGAAGAUUUCAAGAAAGCAGAAUCAUUAAUGGAAUAUGAUUGAGCCAUUUGGAGUUGAACAGCACUGUAAGGACUAAUACUGUUAGAUUAGCUCCCAACAAUUGUAGGAUGGUUAAGCUCUGCCAUUUGGUCCAGUGAAAUAAUAUAAGGUUUCAUGGUUCCAUGUUACUCUAGAAAAAUAUAUUUAUGGAUGUACUUUCUAAUUUCAUACACUUAUCUCUGUUUAUAAGUUACGAUAAAGUAAAGAAGGUAAAAACAUGAGAUUGUGCUGAGACCAAACAAAAUUGACAACACACUACAGGUUUGGAUAUAUUGCUGCCAGGGUGUGGCAUGAUAAAAAUGACAAACAAAAUAUGCUUAACUGGACAGAAAAAUAAAUGAUCCAUAAAUAAUCAUAAAAAUUGAUAGUUUUACUAACAUGUUAAUUUAGAAAAAAUCUUUCUCUUUUCAUUUAUUUAGCAUACUUUCAUCAUGCCUUUGCACAAGACAUAAUGUCUUUGUAAGCAAGUACUCAAGUAGCAGUAUUGUAAUAGAAUCUAAUUCAUUUCUGUCUUAUCAGGACUUGACACUAUGUACUUAGAUUUUACCUAAAUUACAGUGACAGAUGAUAUUUUAGCAUUGAUUGACAUAUUGACUUGUCCUAUGGAAUUUUCUAUGCGAUCAGCUUUUAGGUCUUUAGUUGGAGACUUUAUUAUUGAAAAGACCUUAAGAUCUGGGAGCCCCAUUGAAUCUACCCCACCAUUUGAUCAUGGCUGAUAUGUUUAGAAUUUAGUUAAGUGAGUUGUUGAUCAUGUGCAUUAGAAUUAGAAUUUUGUGUGCUUUUAUUGUGACCAAUAAAGCACCAUCUGGAAAACGUGCUGCAGUCAGCCAAACCUUUCUUUUUACUAAUGAACUUCUAUCUAAUGAGCUGUAUCUAGAUUUUAAAGAUACCAUUAGGUGUUGUCCACCUUUCCAAUAAUAUUUACAGAACAAGUCCAGCUUAUUUUGUAUGGAUAAAAUCUAGAGCAUUUUUACUUAAUGAUAUGAUGUUGGUUUCACUGAGUAAGUCUGUUGGCACAGAUAUGCUACUCUGCUUUUCAGGCUGAGAGCAGUGUCCAUUCUUUUCUUCCUCUUUGCCAUGUUUAAACGAGUUCACUUCUAACACUAUGUGCUGUAGACUAUUCUGCAAUUCUUUUUGUAAUACUUUUACAUUCGUUGAAAUAAAAGUAAUGUCACUUUUA